AUGAAACUGUUGUCAGCACUAUUUUCCAACACUUUUGUUUUCAGCGAUGAGGAGGAGGCGGCGGAAGAAGAGGAUCCAAAACAGAUGUCGAAAGAACGGGUCCUGGAGGCGAUACGUCAAAAAAAGGAAGCCAUCAUGCGUCUCCGAAGCCAACCGUGGAGCAUGCGACGAAAACGACGUGCCUUAAAAGUGGCACGCCGAUAUCUAAAGCGUCAGCAGUCAAAAGUUUCGCGAUGGCACCUUUACAAGGUGGAAUUGGUGAGGCGGUGGACUACUUUCGGCCGAUGGUGUAGCAAUAUGAAAAUUUAUCUGAUACCUUGGGAAGCAAAAAUUAAAAUGAUUGAAAGUCAUUAUGGUUCCGUGGUAUCAUCUUAUUUUACAUUUUUGCGUUGGGUACUAAGUGUGAAUAUUACGAUGACUGUUAUUAUGAUGUUAUUCGUUACCAUUCCAGAGUGGUUAGCCGAUUCUCGAGGUGAUCCAGAACGACUAAAUCGAACAUACGACAUCAAAGUGAUGAAGGAAAAGGAUGUACCACGAGCAGAUGAACUGAAUACUGUUCUGGAUUUUAAGGGCUAUUUCGAGUACUCGUUAUUAUUUUAUGGCUACUAUAGUAGUGAGACCUAUUUCGGCGAUACGGUUCAGUACAGUGUGCCUGUUGCUUAUUUCACCGUAAAUCUAUUUAUACUUGGCUAUAGCUUUUUUGUCAUUCUGAGGAAGUGA